CUGCUUCACCAGCUCACCCCACACCCUGUCUCUCUCUGCCUCUCCACACGCAUACGCCCCAUAAUCGAAACAAGUAAACAAUCCGCUCUCUCUCUUCAGUAUUCCUACCUCAUCACGCGCACAGAGCUGCUGAGAUGCCGCUGAUGCCUGACACCGGUGAAUCUCCGGCCACAUUUUUGUCGCAGUCAGCUCUUGGUCACCAGUUCGCUGUGGACUUAUAGCUACGCAUGAUUGUGAAUUGUGAUAUAUCAAGGGAGAAUAUGCUGUAUUUUCGUUCUGCAUAAACGCAAGGUUGUUCACUUGCAAGGAGUAGAUCAGAUGUGGCUAGGAUGUUAACUCUUCCCGUUAAAGAUCAGAUUGAGGAUAAACUGAUUGUGUCUGAACUGAAUAGAAGCUCUUCAAACAAGAAAUCAAAUGGAACACCGAUGAAGACACUUAUAGCCCAAGAAAUGUCAAAAGAUGUGGAGUCUAAUCAUAGCCCACCUAAUUUGGUUGCAAAGUUGAUGGGGCUUGAUGCCUUUCCGCAGCAGCAGCCCAAUUCAGCUGCAGAAAAAGCCCAUCCCAAGGGUUAUUCUUGGUGUUCUUUAAGUCAUUCAGGAUCAUUGGCAGAUUGGGAUCAAGUUAAUGGAUUCCAGGAUGAGAGAAUGCAUUCCAAAGUUCAUCACUGCCUAGGGCAGAAUGAAUACAAAGAUGUUUAUGAAAUCUGCUUGCAUUCACAAAAAACUAAUUAUGGGAGAGAUAAUUCACCCCAAAAGGGAAGACUUAAUGACAAUAUAAAUGAGAAAAAGAUGGCUCUUGUUCUUCAGAAAUUCAAAGAAGCAAAACGUUUGGCUACAGAUGAGAAACUUCGCCAGUCUAAGGAGUUCCAAGAAGCAUUAGACGUUUUAAGUUCCAACAGGGAUUUAUUUCUCAAGUGUUUGCAAGAGCCAAAUUCUUUGCUUUCCCAAAAUCUGUUUGAUUUGCAGUCUAUUCCUCCCCCUCCUGAGACGAAGCGCAUCACUGUUCUUAAACCUUCUAAGGGUGUUGAGAAUGAUAAAUUUGCCGGAUCUAGAAAGAAGAAUGAUAUACAGGCAAAGAAACCAGCCCUGGAGGGUCAAGCAACUAGGUUGGACAAAAGUCCUGUAUAUUCUCCUAUUUUUAGUAAUAUGCAAGUUGGUGAAUAUCCUGCUGAGCCCACCAGGAUUGUGGUAUUGAAGCCUGGCCCUGGGAAAAGUCAUGACCUUAAGGCUGUGCUUUCAAUGCCUUCUUUGUCACCCAGAGUAUUACAUGGAGAAGAUUUUUAUGAGGCAUCUGAAGACGAGGAGUCACGGGAAUCACAAGAAUUGGCCAAAAAGAUCACACUGCAAAUGCGAGAAAAUAUGAUGGGUCAUCGCAGGGAUGAAACUUUGCUUUCUUCUGUGUUUUCCAAUGGAUAUGUUGGCGAUGAUAGCUCAUUUAACAAAACGGAAAAUGAAUAUGUAGUUGAGAAUCUGAGUGAUUCAGAAGUCAUGUCUCCAACUUCUCGGCAUUCGUGGGAUCACAUCAAUAGAUUUGGCGGGCCCUAUUCUUUCUCCUCUUUCAGCCGUGCAUCAUGUUCGCCAGAGUCAUCUGUUUGCAGAGAAGCAAAGAAGAGACUUUCUGAAAGAUGGGCCAUGAUAGCACUAAAUGGGGGUUUGCAGGAACAAAGGCAUUCUCGAAGAAGCUCUAGUACACUGGGUGAGAUGCUUGCAAUUUCCGAUGCAAAGAAGACUACGAAAUCUGAGGAAGUGGUUAGUGAGGAACAAGAACCUAGGGGAUCAACUUCAGGCUUAACUAGUAAUUCGAGUAAAGAAGAGGUCUUGAGUGAUUCUCCAAAAGGUCUCUUGCGAUCUAAAUCUUUACCUGUGUCUUCAACGGUUUAUGGUGCUAGGCAAACUGUUGAAGUUCCAGAUCUUGAGCCUGACAAAACACAAGUGCCAAAGGAGUUAACAAAGGCUAAAAGCAUGAAAUCAUCACUUAAGGGAAAAGUUUCCAGUUUUUUAUUUUCGAGGAAUAAGAAAUCUGGUAAGGAAACACUGGCCCAUUUUCAUUCUUCCAAUGAAUCUCAAUCUGCCAGCCCCGAGACUUUAAGGUCACACACAGAUUUUCCUGGAAAUAUGAGCAAUGAUAUUGCUCACUGUGUUAACAGUAGUAGUUAUGAUGGUUGUCUAUCCCCAAGUUUACAUGGAUCUGCAAGCAAAACUUCUUCAGCUUUAAUAGGAGUGGGACAGAAUCGUGCUGUUUUUUACCUUGAGGAAGGUUUAUCUGUGGCAAAACCAGUGAUGCUUGGGUGUGUAACUGAAACUGAGGACCAGCCAAGUCCAAUUUCAGUUUUGGAACCACCAUUCGGGGAGGAUGACCCGACAAAUCUGGAGUCCUCUCGAAAUAUGAAGGCAGACCAACGAGGAUUGGGUCUGCCUCAUAUGUCCAACUUGAUUGACAAAUCACCUCCUAUAGAGUCAAUUGCCUGGCCCCGGUCAUGGGAUGAUGCAUGUGCAAAUACCGCCACCCGUCAUCUCUCGAACCCCUCAUUGGUUUCCCCAGGCCCUGAGGAAGAAGAAGAGGAUUGGCAUUCCGUCGUCAAAACCCUACUAUCAGGAGCUGGCCUCAACGUCGAGGUGCAAUCUGACACUUUUUUGGGCAGAUGGCAUUCUCCUGAUAGCCCAUUAGACCCAUCACUGAGAGACAAAUAUGCAAACCUAAACGACGAGGAGCCUGUGCAUGAGGCAAGGCGAAGACAACGACGAUCAAUUCUGAAACUUGUAUUUGAUGGCGUCAAUACCAGCCUUGUGGAGAUUACGGGUUAUGGACCAGACAACAGCACAAGGUCAAUGGCAUGUAACAUGGUCAAUGGUAGGUUCGUAGCGGGUGCAUCGGCAUCACCCACGGUGGUGGAACAGGUGUGGGACCUAAUGAAGGAAUGGUUUUCUAGUGAGGUAAGAUUAUAUUUGGGAGAUUGUGGUGACAGAGACAGCCUGGUUGUGGAGAGGGUUGUAAGGAAUGAGGUGGUGGGGAGAGGCUGGGCUGAACACAUGAUGUUGGAGUUGGAUAAUAUAGGGAAGGAUAUAGAGGGGAAGCUGCUGGAAGAGCUUGUGGAGGAGGCUGUUUUUUUCCUUUAAUUUUGUACCCCUAUUUAUUGUAACUCUAUUAUUGCCCAAUUGUGUAUUUAAUUUUAACGAUGAGGCCCCUGCUUUAUUUGUUCAAUGCGGUCAGAUGUUUAAUGAGUACUUAAUUGACAAAUUGUUAACCCUUUUUUAGUUUUUUUUUUUUCUAAAAAGAUAUGUACAUGUGAUUCGUGAAUAACUACCGCUUGAUACUCGUUCUUCAUUG